AAGAAAACACUUUCACUUCCGCAUUUCGACGUGAGUUUAAAAAAAAAAACACCAAUAACUGAGAUAGCGGAACAAAAGUAGUUCAAAUGAAUGUGACGUCGAGCCCGUGCGAUUUCCAGCCAGGAGGCCAAUUGCAACACACAACAACUCGCAUGAGGACCAACGACCACAUUUGGAGAUGUUCUACCUGUUGCUGCUGAUUUGCUGCUUGCCACACGGAGGCGACACAUCUCCAAUUAGUUGCUACAAUGACCAAGGAGAUGCCACCGACUGGUUUUACAUGUACAAGCUGCCAAAGAAACACGGCACACAAUCAGGUUUAAACUACUUGCUGCUGGACAAGGGCAGCGCCGCCUGGACGCCCGGCCAGGGGAGCAUCAAUGACACCACGGGAGCGCUGGGCAGGACACUCGGACAACUCUACUCGCAGGCUGAAAAUGCAGAAGUAGCGUACAUCCUUUACAACGACCAAGAUCCGUCAGGGCGGAACCACAAAGGAGGACAUACGAAAGGUGUGGUGCUGCUGGACAGGUCUCAGGGUUUCUGGCUGAUCCACAGCACGCCUGCCUUCCCUCCAACGAGACAAGCGGGACAUUACCAAUACCCUGGCAGCGGCGCCACUUAUGGACAGAAUUACCUGUGCGUCACCUUCCCGCUGGAGAGCUUCCACACCAUCGGCGAGCAGCUGCAGAUCAAUCAGCCCAACGUGUACGACUGCGACGUCCCACAAUCCUUUGCGACAGCGGCACCGGCUCUGGCCGGCGUGUGCAAAAAAGGCAGCACGCGUGUCCCAGCCACCAAUCGCAGUGUCACGCUGACGUCCAAAGGCGGCAGCGCCUUUGUCAGCUUUGCCAAAGGAGCCGCCUUCAAUGACUACCUGUACCAGUCGUGGGUGGCCCCCACCCUGCAGUCGGACCUCCUUGUCCAGUUCUGGAUCCACUCGGGCGGUAUCCUGCCGUCCAAUUGCAGCCUGGGCUGGAAGGUGCUGGACGUCACGCAGCUUUCCCCGGGCGGCGUGUUGACCUACAACAACAGCAAGGACCACUCCAAGUGGGCCGUCAGCCCCGAGCCGGUCGCGGCCGGAGGGGGCGGCGGAGGUUGGAUUUGCGUGGCGGACAUCAACCGCAAUGAGGCGGAGGAAAAGCGAGGGGGCGGUGCGCUUUGUCAGCGAGACGUCGCCGUGUGGAAAGCGUACCGGGGCGCCGCGCUCGAGUAUCAGGCGUGCCAGGCUGGGGCCCAACCGGCAGCUGCAUUGAGGCGAAUUCACGUUUAAAAAAUUGGACAUUGUUAUCAAGAUAAAUGCUCUGAAAUUACUUUGGAUUUUAUUGAUGAAUCUUUUUUUUUCUUUUCAUCUGAAACACCAGACAGAUAUUUAAUUUAUACAUCAAAAAAAAAUGUAAUCACUCUCGCAAUUCCUGGAAUUUUGUUGGGGGUGAAGCAAAAGUCGGAAAGACCUGGAAAAAAAAAUUGAAGCUAAUGGCCCCCCCAAAAAAACAUUAGAAAUAGGUGCGGGAAAUAAAUUAAAAAAAAGGGAAAAAAACGUUGAGAAUGCAGAAUGUGGACAAAGGAACCGAAAGAUGUUGAAAAUGAAUACUAGCAUGAGAUUGAAAGUGAUACAGGCAAAGGAAAAACAAUUACACUACAUGUAAAUAAUUCCCAAAAUUUGGAGAUACCUGUAUGUGAAAAAACUCACAAUAUAAAAUAAAACAAAACUAAAAAAAAAAAAAAACGUUUGGAAAUACAAGUGGGAAAAAAAAAACAAUUUGACAUACUGGCAACAAAAUUGACAAAAUGUACACAUACACAAUUUGGACAGACGUGCAACAAAAUCUUGACCUCCCCCCGAAAAAAAUAAAUACAAUUUAGUAUUU